GUCAUUUUAGUGGAGUGCAUAGUGGACGGGAAACGAGUUACGAAAAUUGUAAACGAAGCAAAUAUACUUUUUGGAAACCAAUAACGACUGUGAAUAAAGUUAAAUAAAAGUAUAUUCAUAGUUAUAGAACUGCCAAAAUGGGUGAUGCAUGUCAAGCAUGUCUCACAAGAAUUCCUCAUGCAACUGUUAUUGCCACAAUUAUGUGCUGUUUGGGCGUUGGUGUGUUUUGUGGAACUAUGUACCGUGGAUCCGCUCUUUCUAUUUUGAUGUUUGAUGAAGUAUUUCACUUUCGUUUAAUAUGGAUCGAGGCUCUUCAGAUGAUAUUUAUAGUGGGCAGUGCGUGCAUGGCCGCAUUGGGUUUCAUGUUACUCUGUCUGGGAUGUCUAACAACAGGUGCCACAAGACAAAAAGUUUACCGUGCAUGGAGGGCUCGCGUCGGAGGAAGAAUUUCUUGCGCCGUUUUCAUGAUAAUAACAUACAUUUUAACAUUUAUAUGGCUAAUUUUACUCGGGUUCCUAGUGAUCACCACCUUCUUAUUCACAAUUUUCUGGAAGUUGUGUUCAAAGCCGAAAAAUAUCGAUUUAUCGACCUGCAUUGACUUCACACAGUUCGAUUUCAUGUUUCCUUCAUCUGUGAGGCAGGAAGACAUGAGAAUAUGUGAGGCGCACAAGAUUAAACUUUUCUGCAAGGAUUACGUAGAAAAGGCGGAGUUCAUGUUCAUUCUGGCCAUGGUGUCGUGCAUCCUCGUCAUAUUGAGCUUGGUUCAUUACUUGAUGUGUCUAUCGGCUAACUACGCUCAUAUCAGGGACCACGAGAAAUUCCAGGAGCUGCAAGAACUGCAGUACCUCACCAACCCCGAUCUGCAUGCAUCGAAGGAUAGAUUCUAGUAUAUGGCUCGUGCGCCACUGCUGCGCUCACUCGAGGCUUCAACGAAGAUGUGACACGCUAGACAAAACCAACUAGAGCCCUAAAUUUGUGUUCAGCGCAAUCUAAACUAAAGACUGAUACUCAGUGAAUUUUCAUAGCGACACAAUUAGCACAUAUCUCACUCAUUUUGCAUGUUCUAUUAAUUGUUCCACAAAAAAUUGCUAACAAAAUGUUGGUACUUGCACAAAUCCUUAUAUUCUAGACAAUACAUUCCAUUAUUUUUAAUACUUUUUUACUGAUUCUUAAUUGUAUGUAAGAAUAAUGUUGUAUCUUAUAUAUUAUAAACUGAAUCUAUGUUAAAGUGUAGGGGGUUGAUAAAGGAACUAAAUUGUGUUGUGGUGUGUUGUGCAACUAAGCAUGGUAAAAAUCAAUCUAUGCUAAUCCCCAACUUUUAUUUUAUUUACUUAAUCAUAAUAUUAUGUAAAAUAUGAUUAUGUCUGUAGUUUUGUUAAAUCAGUCUCUAAAAUCAUUUUCAAAUGCUAUUUCUAAAAUUAAAAAAUCUUAUUUAGUAUUGUUAUACUAAAUAAUAUAGAAAAUAGAAAUAAUCUAUUUUGGUAGCCAAAUCGUGAUUGAUAUAGUACAAUAACCACAAUUUUAAGGCAGCACAAUUUAUAUUAUAUUUGUAAUUAGGAUUAUUUUUAUGUACACUCUGCAUCCUGAAUUAUGUAGCCACAAUAUUAAUAAAAUUAAGUAAGAUUUGACAUAGGCUUAGCAUUGUCUAUUUCUUAUUUUCCAACCCCCUUGCCAAACAAAAGAUCUACAUUAUAGUGUGUAUCAGUCCCAAAUCCCUAUCAAACCUAUCAGAAGGAUAAACCUUUGUUUAACUUUAAUUUCUUUGCACACAGUGUAAAUCUUUUCAUUAUUAAGGAGGUUAUAAAGUAAGAAAUACUUUUUGAUAAACAUUGAUUUAUGCACAUUUUGUAACUUUUGUAAUGUUAUUUUACUUUUACAAUCUUGCAAGUAUUUUGUCAACUAUUUACUCUGAUAUUUUUGUACUAAAAAUUUUUAACUUUUUAAAAAGAUUAUUCUGGCUUAUAAAUGCCUGAAAAAGAUACUAUGAACUAAAAAGUUACAGUAUCUUAUUUUCUUUAUUCUUAUCUUAAUAUUUAACUGAAGUCAUCUAUGAGUAAAAUCCGCAAUUACUAAGUUGCCAACCCAAUAUGUAAAAUUUUGGAUGCUGGUGAGUAAAGUAAGUUCAUGAUAAACCUACCCUACUACCUACUUUAUUCACCAGCAUUCCAACCAACCUUCAUCAUAAAGGUAACUUUUUGUGGCAGCUUUUAAAUUCUUAUGCUAUUGAUUAAUUAAAUUCCAUCUUAAAAGCAUAUUAUAAACUGAAUGGUAUAUUGUAGACCUCUUUAAAAAUGUACACUUCGUCUAAGAUGCUUCUCAUCUUUGCAGAGCUCAAGCUUUUUUUGAAUAAUUUGUGCAGCUCACCAUAAAAAAAUAGUACAUAUUAUGUAGAACCUACAUGUAAUAUUUGUUACAUGACUGACCAAUAGGUCAAAUGAACAAUAAUGGGUAACCCCUGUAAUGAAACUGUAUGACCAAAACAUGCUCCCUGAACAUGUAGAACUGAUUUUACACAUGCUGACUGCAAUUUGUUAUUUUGCUGUAUAUUUAUAUUGUUAAGGUGAAUACUGAAUAGUAAGUAGUUAAAUUGUUAAAUGUUAAGACACUUGUACACAAUACUUACUAUUUGUACGACUUUUCGGCCUUCGUUAAGUGAUAAUUUGCAUUUUGCCCACCAAAAUUUUUACUAUGUAAACUAAGUAAAAUAAAUUUUUAAUAAU